AUGUCUCUUGUUCCCACCCACCUCAUCGUCGUCUGCUGCCACGCCAUCUACCUGGGCGCCGGCCCCGACUCGGCCAGCGAGGACGAAUCCAACUGGCUCAUUGAGCCCUUUCAGAGUGGCGAGACAAGCACGUACAUCAAACACGUCGAGGCCGGGGUGAAGGAGCUGGCGCGAGACCAGGAGAAUGCCAUCCUGGUGUUGAGCGGUGCGGCCACCAAGCCUGACAAGACGCCCAUCACCGAGGGGGAUGGCUAUCUGAAUGUGGCCAUCGAGCAUGGUCUCUUCGGGUUGGACACCUCUGCUGCCACCGCUCUGAGACAGCGCAUCUUCGUCGACCGCUACGCCACCGACUCGUACCAGAAUAUUCUCUGCUCGCUAGUCCAAUUCCCUCUCUUUGUCCGACAACUCCUGUCCGAGCAACAGCAGCAUGGUCAGACGAACAAUACGCCCUUCCCAACAAAACUCACCAUCGUCUCCCACGCCUUCAAACGCGCCCGCUUUCUCGACCUGCACCUCCCGGCGCUGUGCUUCCCGCCCGCAUCACCCUCGACCGUCUUCAUCGGCAUCAACCCGCCCUUUACCGCCACGAAACUCGCCGAGAUCGAGGAGGGCGAUCGGCUGCGCGGCUACGGCGCCUGGGAAAAGGACCUGUACGGCGCAGGGGAGGGUCUCAGCCAGAAGAGGGAGAAGAGAGGCUGGGACGGAGAGAGGUUCCGGACGGAGGUUCUGGAGAGACUUGGCGAUGAGGAGGGGUCGUGCAGGAGGGAGUUGGAGGGUUUGGUGGAUUGGCGUGGUGGGAGUGAUGGCGUGACCUUGUGGCAGGGCGGUGUUCCGUGGAAGAAGUGA